AUGAGAGUAUCCCUAGUUGCCUAUCUCCACCAGCGGCUUCCCGAAGUUGCGGGUGACGCUUAUUCGGUUCAAUUUUCUCAGUUUCUAAGGGAUGUGUACCUUGAAAUUAAUCCUGAUGCCAAAGAACGGCGCCUUGCUUAUAAUCCAAUUACCCCGAUUGACGACUACCACGACGCCCUUCGCCAACUACCCCCGCUUCUUAAAGACGAUGGUAACGUGGGAGAAUUGAAAAACGAAUUGGCCCAGGCCGCUGCUGGCAGAGACCUGCGCCCCCAAUUCAAUCGCGCCCUUACCCAUCUCGCUAAUUCUCACUGGCGCCACUUAUACCAGAUAAUGGGACGCGACCAUUUUAUUACCAUGAUUAUCAACCAUAAAGGGUUUGUUCCUUUGGCUAACGGCACCGUGCUCCAAGUAUUUGGCCCGACGUUGUAUACCCCUAAGCAAAAACGGCUUCCGGCAAAACGCACACGCGAUAAACAUCGCAGUGCCCGUAUCCCACAGCUUACGCCCUCAGAAAGGGAUAAUGUCAUCAUCAGAUUAUGCCACCGUCGAUUGGAGAAGAAACUUACUGGAAAAUGCUUAAAUGCCGUCUUUCGACGUUUCAUUCCAAGAAAACCGCUUCCCCCUAUUCAAACUUGUGACGUCAUUGCCUCUGCUCAAUUAGGCAGUCUAGACGACGAUGACAGUUUCUCGGUGUCGCAACUGACCACCACCAACGCCAAUAAAGCCAGCAGUGCACUCGACUACCAGUUGCUGCCUAAAAAGGUUAUUGGAUUUGUCCUUGAAGCCCUCCGCUUAGUGGUUCCGCCGCUAGCGUGGGGGUCCCUGCCCCGUCAUCGUCGCAAAAUCUGCAAUUUGAUCCAUAGAUUCCUCACCACCCCCACUAUGACAAUCGCCGAGGAAGAUGUCACCCAGUGCUUUCUUCCUGUCUUCAAAAAACCUGAAAAGGAUUAUGGCAUUGCUGAAUUCUGGCUUUGGGUAUUCCGCGAUGUUCUCGCCUAUAUCCUUCGAAGCCUGGUACGAGCAGCGGAGCUGAAGUCCACCAUUAUUUUCGUCGAGCACGCGGCGUGGAACCGGCUUCUGGACGGGUUCAUCGACACCUACGCCCGCGAAUUUUUGAUACCAUACAAUCCAGAUAAAAACGACUUCAAAACGUCAGCACAAAAGUACAAUUUUGGCAGAAUGAGGCUCCAACCGAAAACGCUGGACUUUCGGCUUAUCUGCAUUCCUCUGCACCAUCCAUGGACCAAUCUUCGCGAGGCUGAGUCGUCGUACUUCAUGUUUAGGUCGACGUGGAUCACUCCAAUUUCUAAACUUCUCCAACAGAGGAUUGCCCAGCGUUACCAUCCGGUGGUGGCUCCAUGUAAAGGCACCAGCGACUUGGCGAGUUUGCUUGCCCAGUGGAAACUGAAUGUGACCAUUCCUCGUGACGGUAUUUGUUUCCUUAAGGUGGAUUUCGCCAAAUGCUACGACCGUUUGGACCAUGACGUCAUCAUCGAUACCCUCGCCAAAUUGUUUGACGACGUCGACGAUAACCACGUUUUUUAUUGUGACACUGAACGACAAGUCAAGCCAGCCCCCGUGACAAAGAAACGGUUACGCGGUGACGCUAAGAUGGCAGCGUCCCAGCUUUUAGAGGCAGACAACACCCCGCUCUAUCAAGUAGAACCGGAUCCGCUUGACCUCGACAUAAUUCUAACGCAACGCAAAAAUAUUGCCCUCACCAAAGGCAAAGUGCUCCAGUUCUGCGAACUGACGGUGCGCGACGGGUUCAUGUACGAUGGCGUUCUUCCAAGAGGCGAUAACAACGAGGUCAACUAUCGCGCGUGGAAACGGAAAAAGGGGGUGUUCCAAGGGUUCCCCUUACUGGCAACUUUCUGCGAGUUGGUCCUCAGCGAUAUGGUAGUCACCGAGUUCGAGUCGUGGCUUCAUCGACCCGAGCUCCUCGUUCUUCGCGUCGUUGACGACUUGUUGUUUGUGUCAACCGACAAAAUGAUGAUUCAGCUGAUCUACCAACACUUGACGUCCGACCGAUUAGCACACUAUGGCAUCAAGAUCAACCGCGAAAAGACUCAGCUCCACACGACGCUGAGCUUCUCCGUAACCCAUAUAGACUACUUGGGGGCAGAGAUCAAUCCAUACGACCUUUCGGUGAACGUCAAAACUCGGCCCAAACUUGAUGUCCGCAGCUUCACCAAGUUCUACAAGCAAUUGCUUUUCCACUAUACCACGACAGCUCGAGUGUUUGACCAGAAGCUUAAAUUUGUCCUUGACGCGAUCAAACGAAAUUUCAGUGCUCUCCAGGACCACGAUGAAUUCCAAAUAGAGCCAUUCAUCCGGUUCAUUCGCAAGCUUAUCAAUUCCACGAAGGAGCUAGACGGAGUGCUGAUGGCUACGUUGAUCGAGCAGUGGCUUGGCGCUGAAGAAUUGCGGGGCGCGUCUUUCGCUGUGACCAUCGGUAAGGCAUUGGCCAAGCGCCAGGAGACAUUAACUGAAGCAUUUAAGUAA